ACAAGUGAGCAGGAAGAAAUGGUUAACGUAGUGGCACCUGAUAGGGGAAUGCUGUUGUUGUCUGUCGUGAUCAAACUAACGUGUUUGGUGUUGUUAAUUGCUGAAUAUCCAAAUGGUGUCAAAGCUGCUUCGCCGCCGCAGGUUUCGGCCAUGUUUGUGUUUGGAGAUUCAUUGGUUGACAAUGGCAACAACAAUUUCAUCAACUCCCUAGCAAAAUCCAACUAUUACCCUUAUGGCUGCGAUUACGACAAAGGCCCCAACGGAAGAUUUUCUAAUGGCAAAACUUUUGCUGAUGUUCUAGGAGAACUAUUGGGUGUGGCAGUAGCUCCACCGCCAUUCGCAGACCCAGGCACGUCAGGGGCAAGACUUGUUGGGGGAGUUAACUAUGCUUCCGCAGCUGCCGGUAUCCUGGAUGAAUCCGGCCGCCACUACGUACGAGGAGAUCGGUAUCCCCUGAGCCAACAGGUGAUCAAUUUCGAGAGCAACUUGAGUCAGUUGAGAAACAUGAUGUCCGGUCCAGACCUCACCCGAUACCUGUCCAGAGCCUUAGCAGUAAUGGUGCUUGGGAGCAAUGACUACAUCAACAACUAUCUGAUGCCAUCCCUUUACACUUCCAGCUACAACUACACCCCUUCCCAGUUCGCCAACCUUCUCCUCAAUCACUACGCCCGCCAGCUGGUGGCCCUCUACAGCGCCGGGCUCAGAAAGUUUUUUCUGGCUGGCAUUGGCCCCCUGGGAUGCAUCCCCAAUCAGCUGGCGACCGGUCGAGCAGCUCCCGGCAGGUGCGUCGACUACGUCAACCAAAUCCUUGGUUCUUUCAACGAAGGACUCCGAAGGCUUGUUGACAUUAUGAACAACGGCACCCACCCCGGUGCAAUGUUUGUGUACGGAAAUUCCUACGCCGCCAUUGGCGACAUCAUUAACAAUCCUCCCAGAUACGGUUUUAGCGUUUGGGAUAGAGGUUGCUGUGGGAUAGGCAGGAAUCAGGGGCAGAUAACUUGUCUGCCAUUUGUGACUCCAUGCUCAGAUCGAAAGCAAUACGUGUUUUGGGAUGCAUUCCAUCCAACUCAAGACGUUGAUGCCAUCCUCGCACGGAGGGCCUAUUCCGGUCCACCUUCCGAUUGUCACCCCAUCAGCGUCCAACAACUGGCUCUCAUUAACUUCUGAAGCACACGCUACUUUAUACUGAAUGUUAUUUCGGAUUUUGUCUAUCGCACUGCUGAUCUAUGUUAAUUAACCAGCUAGAGGCGCAGGCGUGUGGCAAACAAUCAUAU